AUGACAGACAAUACAGAUAAUUCGAGUAGUAAUACCACUACAAAUGAAAAUGAAACUACUACAUCCACUUCUACUACCUCAACAACAGAGACAACAACAAAUAAUAAUAAUGUAAAUAAUAACACCAACAACAAUGAAAAUACUACUACUACAACUACAACUAACAAUAUACAACAACAACAACAACCACCACAAGUCCAAUCUUCAUUAUUUGUACCAACACCAAUACAUACAAUAGAUAUUGAAAAAGAGUUAUUAAAAUCUGUACCUGAUCUCACUGAAGGUCUAUUAUUGAUGACUAAAAUACCUUUGGAUGCAAUCACUUUAAAACUUUUAGAAUUACAAAAAGAACAACAAAUAUUAUUAUCAUUGGUCGCAAAUGAAAAUCUAAAGUUACAAAGUGUAAAAGAUGUAGAUAUUAUCAUUGAAAAUAUUACAGAAUAUUUGGUAAAGAUUCAAUCGUUGAAAAAGGAUAUGAACAACGUUCAAGAAAGAGUGGUCAAGAUGAAAAAGAGAGCUGGAGCACUACGAGAAAAGAAACAAUUGCAUCUGGUAUCUUUAAAUGAACGUGUUGAAAAGGCACUACAAAGAGAACGUGAUAUGAUGGCUAAACCAACUGCACAACUACUUGUACAACAACAACAACAACAAAAUCAAAAAGCUAGACAACCAUUAAAUACAAAUGUUAAUUUGUAA